CUGUCUGAUAAAAGAAGUCAAUUAUCAUACAUUUUCAAUGAUUUACAGCUUAUUCAGGUACCUUCGUUAUCGUCAAAAUGGGCAUGGUUCAUACAAGAGUUGCCAUCAUUGUGCAUUCCAUUAUAUUUUUUAUUUGUCAAUUUUAUUAAUUUGACUUUCACAAGUACGCUUAUCCUGGUUGUAUUUUGUUUGCAUUACUUAAACAGAGCCCUUAUUUAUCCUUUUUUGAUAAAAAGUGUCCAAAGUACUCCUUUGCAUAUCUUUUUGUUAAGCUUUAUUUUCUGCCUAAUUAAUGGAUAUAUGCAAGGCGCAUGGCAUUCCCAUUUGAUGUAUAUUUCAGUAAUAGACACACUUUUAUGUGAAGUGAAAUUAACAGGUGUAUUGGUAUUCUUUACUGGAAUGACAAUAAAUAUUAAGUCCGAUUCUCUCCUACGAAAUUUACGUAAAGAUGGAAAUAGAGGAUAUAAAAUCCCAUAUGGUGGUUUGUUCAACUACAUAUCUGGAGCUAACUUUUUCGGAGAAUGUGUAGAAUGGAUCGGCUAUGCAAUAUUUGCGCGCACGUUACCAGCUUUUGCGUUUGCAUUUUUUACACUUUGCAAUCUUGCACCACGAGCCUAUCAACAUCACACAUGGUAUCAUGAACAUUUCUAUAAUUAUCCAAAGGAUCGGAAGGCCUUUAUACCAUUCGUUAUUUGA